GCCUUAGCGUCGCUCACGCCAAAGAAAACUCUAACCGUUACUUUGGCUCUGCUCUCUUGAAGAAUAUAUAUAGCACCCGCUUUCACAACCUUAUCCUCACGUCAGAAAGAAAAAGCCACAAAUUGAGUCAAAAUGCGCGAAUGUAUCUCUAUUCAUAUCGGCCAAGCCGGAACCCAAAUGGGAAAUGCAUGCUGGGAGCUCUAUUGCCUUGAGCAUGGCAUCCAACCUGAUGGUCAGAUGCCUAACAGCAAAACCAUGGGCGGAGGUGAUGACUCCUUCAACACUUUCUUCAGUGAGACUGGAGCUGGGAAACAUGUUCCCAGAGCAGUUUUCAUUGACCUGGAGCCAACAGUCAUCGAUGAAGUGCGAACUGGUACGUACCGGCAGCUCUUCCACCCCGAGCAGCUGAUAACUGGAAAGGAAGACGCAGCCAAUAACUACGCUCGUGGUCACUACACUGUUGGAAAGGAUAUCAUCGACCUGGUUCUGGAUAGGACUCGUAAACUGGCUGACCAGUGCACAGGGCUCCAGGGUUUCCUCAUCUUCCAUUCCUUUGGAGGAGGAACUGGCUCAGGCUUCACCUCUCUGUUGAUGGAGCGUCUCUCUGUCGACUACGGCAAAAAGUCCAAGCUUGAGUUUGCGGUUUACCCAGCUCCUCAGGUGUCUACAGCCGUGGUGGAGCCCUACAACUCCAUCCUGACAACCCACACCACCCUGGAGCACUCUGACUGUGCCUUCAUGGUGGAUAACGAGGCCCUCUAUGACAUCUGCCGCAGGAACCUGGAUAUCAGUCAACCCUCCUACACCAACCUCAACAGGCUGAUUGGACAGAUCGUCUCCUCCAUCACCGCCUCCUUGCGCUUCGACGGCGCCCUGAAUGUCGACCUGACCGAGUUCCAGACCAACCUGGUGCCCUACCCUCGUAUCCACUUCCCUCUGGUCACCUAUGCCCCAGUUAUCUCUGCAGAGAAGGCCUAUCAUGAGCAGCUUUCUGUGGCUGACAUCACAAACGCCUGCUUCGAGCCAUCCAAUCAAAUGGUGAAAUGCGACCCUCGUCAUGGUAAGUACAUGGCCUGCUGUCUCCUGUAUCGUGGAGAUGUGGUGCCCAAAGAUGUCAACUCUGCCAUUGCCACCAUCAAGACCAAGCGUGCCAUCCAGUUUGUGGACUGGUGUCCCACAGGCUUCAAGGUGGGCAUCAACUACCAGCCCCCCACUGUGGUUCCUCAUGGAGACCUGGCCAAAGUGCAGAGGGCCGUGUGCAUGCUGAGCAACACCACCGCCAUCGCAGAGGCCUGGGCUCGACUGGACCACAAGUUCGACCUCAUGUACGCUAAGAGGGCCUUUGUCCAUUGGUACGUCGGAGAGGGAAUGGAGGAGGGAGAGUUCUCUGAGGCCAGAGAGGACAUGGCCGCCCUGGAGAAGGAUUACGAAGAGGUUGGCAGCGACUCCAUUGACGAUGAAGGAGAGGAAGAGGAGGACGAAUAUUAGAUUAGAAAUUAAACCAUCACUGACAGAGUAAUUUCUGUGUCAGUACGUUUCGAACUGUUGGACAAUGCAUUAUCUCUUAGACAUGAUGAGAUAAAUGUAAAACAGUGCACAACUUUCAUCUCUGCUUGAA